AUGGUGCGCGAGGCCGCGUUCGCUCUGCUGCUGCUGGCCACAGCCACCUCACACAAGCACGACCCACCCCUGAUCCUUACGAGUUUGGAUCGUGAUACUUCUAAUAUGUCUCUCAUGCUAGUGGAUAUCGCAUAUCACGACUCUGAAGAACAUUACACUACAUUGGAUAAAUAUUAUCGCAACAAACGUGAAUCGCACUCGCUCAUAGGUACGUUCGAUAUAUCAAAACUUUUUAAAAAGAGAAAUCGUAUCAAGCAAGAGGAGGCACAGGCCAGUGCGUCUUCACUCCGGUCUAAAGAUAUACACACCACACUCGGUGAAGCGAUUGCACUCUCUGCCAGUAAAGAUACCAUCGACUCAGAUCGCAUAUUUUAUACGAACGAAACAACAAUCAGUACUGAGAGAACAACAACCACUCCUCAAACUACACGCAGUACAGUUGUAAGCGAGACCCACUUUACGGCGAAUAUUAAAGUAACCGAUAAGCCGGCCCAAACAAGUAGUGUACAAAAUAAACCGAAAACAAGAAAUAAGGAAUCGAGAAAAUCUAAGAGCGUCGCGAACACUAAAAUAAAAACUAAAAAUAACUCCAAAGGAAAUGAUCUAAGCAAACGUCGAGAAACGCGAGUCAUUAACAAGAAGAAAGCCGAAAACGACAGCAUAUGGCCGGUGAAGCACGCUGCGGUCUUAGAGGGAGACAUCGUACUCGGCGGCCUGAUGAUGGUGCACGGAAGAGCCAGUGGUAAUAGCGGAGGCAGCGUGGCGCGCUGUGGACCGCUGAUGCCGCAGGGUGGCGUGCAGGCCCUCGAGGCGAUGCUGUUCGCACUCGACGAAGCGGAGCGUGCCGGCCUCGCAGUACCGGGCGUCAAACUUGGAGCGCUAGUACUGGACGACUGCGACAGCGACACACGUGGACUCGAAAUGGCACUCGACUUUAUUAAAGGAUCGAUCAGCAACAUAGAUGACGAAGAAUAUGCCUGCAAUGCAACAGCAGUACGUAAGGUAAUUUCGGGAGUAGUGGGCGCCGCCUCCUCCGUCACGUCGGUACAAGUCGCCAAUCUCUUACGCCUGUUUAAGAUCCCUCAGGUCUCUUUCUUCUCGACGUCUCCAGAACUUUCGAACAAGGCGCGGUUCGAAUACUUCACUCGAACAAUACCUUCCGACCUCCACCAAGUGCGAGCUAUGGUUGAAAUUGUCAAAAAAUUCGGAUGGCGCUAUGUAUCUAUCAUCUACGAGGAAUCCAACUAUGGGAUAAAGGCGUUUGAAGAAUUAGAAACUCUUCUCUUGCGCGAUGAUAUCUGCAUAGCGGUCAAAGAGAGGCUUGCAAAGGAUUCCGGUGCAGCGGACGAAAAUGCAUACGAUGCUAUAGUUGAACGCUUGCUGUCACGGCCGCGUGCCCGAGGUGAACUUCCUUUAUAA